AUGGGUAUCAACCCUCAUGUUGAUGAAAAUUUUGUUGUCGAUCUAAGUGUCAAUCCUCGUGUUGAUGAUAGUCUUGUUGUCGAUCUAGGUAUCAAUACUCGUGUUGACAAUCUUGUUGUCGAUCUAGGUAUUUACAUACGUGUUACUGAUGAUCCUGUUAUUCAUCUAGGUAUCAAAACUCAUGUUGGUGACGAUCUUGUUGUCGAUCUCGGUAUCAACCCUCGUGUUAGUAACGAUUUUGUUCUCGAUCCAGGUAUCAACACUCAUGUUGAUGACGAUCUUGUUGUCAAUCUAGGUAUCAAUAAUCAUGUUGAUGAUGAUCUUGUUGUCAAUCUAGGUAUCAACACUCGUGUUUAUGACGAUCUUAUUGUUGAUUUAGGUAUUAACACAUGUGUUGAUGAAGAUCUUGUUAUCGGUCUAGGUAACAACACUCAUGUUGAUGAUGAUCUUGUUGUCAAUCUAGGUAUCAAUACUCAUGUUGAUAACAAUCCUGUUGUCAAUCUAGGUAUCAACACUCGUGUUAAUGACUAUCUUGUUAUCGAUGUAGGUAUUAACACUCCUGUUGGUGGUGAUCUUUUUGUCAAUCUAGGUAUCAACACUCAUGUUCGUGACGAUCUUGUUGUUGAUCUAGUUAUCAGCUUUCAUGUUGGUGAUGAUCUUGUUGUUGAUCUGGAUAUCAACACUCAUUUUGGUGACGAUCUUGUUGUCAAUAUAGGUAUCAACACUCGUGUUGGUGAUGAUCUUAUUGUCGAUCUAUGUAUUAACACUCAUGUUGAUGAAGAUCUUGUUGUUGAUCUAGGUAUCAACACUCAUGUUGGUGACAAUCUUGUUAUCAAUCUAGGUAUUAGCCCACAUGUUGGUGAUGAACUUGUUGUUGAUAUAGGUAUCAAUAGUCAUCUUGGUGACAAUCUUGUUGUUGAUUUAUGUAUCAACACUCAUGUUAGUGACGAUAUUUUUGUCAAUCUAGGUAUGAACAAUCAUGUUGAUAACGAUCUUGUUGUCGAUCUAGGCAUUAACCCUUGUGUUAGUGAUGAUCUUAUUGUUGAUAUAAGUAUCAACACUUGUGUUAGUGACGAUCUUGUUGUCGAUCUAGGUAUCAGUCCUCGUGUUGGUAUCAACCUUCAGGUUGGUGACGAUCUUGUUGUUGAUAUAGGUAUUAACACUUGUGUUGGUUAUGAUCUUAUUAUCGAUCUAGGUAUCAAUCCUCGUGUUGGUGACGAUAUUUAUGUAUCAGCCUUUUUGGUUGAAGACAACCAUUUCAUCUCUUUAUCGGUCUAG